AUGCAAUCAAGUAUACCUCUUUACACGAUUCCGGACUUGCAUACUUCAGCAUAUGGAUCAGUUCAAGUGUACAUCCAUGACUCCCUGAUCCCUACAGCUGCCUUACGGAAGAAGCAAAAUUUAGAUCUUCUUGUAUUGCUUUCAAAGCUGGAAAUGAUCCUUACACGGCAAGGAUACCUGAACUAUGAUCAAGAUGAAGUACAGGCCGCUGCUACCAUUGAUGAAUUAUCUCGCCUUGCCUUGCAACACAACUUUCGACUGUUGGACUUUUUGGUCCAAGAACAGCUGGUGAAUGUGUUUCCAAAGUCGGCCAGGCGGCUAGGUCUACCAGAAAACACUGCAGAACGAGUCGACAUUCGCAAUUAUCUCUAUCAAGUCAAUCAACUAAACCAAAUGGUGGCUAUGGCUCUUCAACUUCACGUCGAUGUUAAUUUGCAAAACCACAAGUACAUUGCCCACCAACUCGCACUUCUCUACCAAUGUCUCAACUUGGUCGGAGAGCCAUUCAACAAAUUUCAAGCAAACAUUCAACAAGAAUUUGAUUCCAUCAAGGCUAUCACUUCAUCAGCCACAGAUGAUGCUCCUCAGCUCUCAGAACAUCAAAAACAGUGGCUAUCGAGUCUUACAUCAGAAAUUGUAAAUGCAGCUCUUUACACCAACAGAAGGUCAAUUCUACCAAAGCCCGUCGAAACCUUAUUGUCUUAG